GGACCUUAUCAGCGCUUAUCUAUCCGUCUUAACGGCCAUCACCAACCGCCGGAUUCUUCUCAAAGAAACUGAAAAGCCGUCUUCUGAAUAAACACACCCAAACAACAUGGGUCUCCUCGAGUGGUUGAUGCCCCCAAGCAUCUUCAAUGUGUUCCAAACACGCCUGCUAGAUAACGAGCAAGGUGCUCAACUGGAGCCCGAUUUCCGGCCGGCUCUCCUGGUGGUUGACAUGCAAGAGGACUUUUGCCCACCGAACGGCACCCUCGCCGUCACAGGCGGCCGCUCCAUAACCCCCCUAAUCAACACCCUCCUCUCCUCCCCUCUCUUCGUCCUCCGCGUCGCCACAAAGGACUGGCACCCGCCCAACCACAUCUCCUUCGCCUCCAACCACAACCACACCUCUUCCUCCUCCCCCUGCUGCCCCGAGUUCGCCGGAGAAGCCAUCCCCUUCCUCUCCACCACCACCGUCCACAACCCCCACAACCCCUCCGAAUCCUACACCACCCGCCUCUGGCCCGCCCACUGCAUCGCCGGCACCCCCGGCGCCUGCCUCAUCCCGGAAUUGGACGUCUCCAAAAUCGACAAGAUCCUCGAAAAGGGAACCAACCCCCUCGUCGAAAUGUACAGCGCCUUCUACGACCCCCUCAAAAACCCCCGAGUCUCGGACUCCGGACUGGCACAGAUGUUAAGGGAAGCGAGGGUGACGCAUGUGUAUGUGGUGGGACUGGCGGCUGAUUAUUGCGUGUGGAGCACGGCGAUGGAUGCGCAUAACGAAGGGUUUGAGACGGUGGUGGUGGAGGAGGCGACGAAGCCUGUUGACGAGGAAGGAUGGAGGAGGUGUAAGGAGGCUUUGGUGGCCGAGGGGAAAGGGGUGAAGGUUGUGAGGUGGGAGGGGGAGGAGGUUGGGAGGUUGUUUCCGGGGGGUUUGGUGACGACAGGUGUUGGUGCUGGGGGUGAGGAGGUGGAGGAGGAGAAGAUUUGAGGAGGUGGAAGGGGGAGGAGGGAGGAUUGGAAUUGUUGUGAGGGGGUGGACGAGGUCAGUGGGAAGGCUUGGGCUUUUUGUUGUGCUUUUGCAGGCGGGCGAGGAAGGUACCUUAUAUGCAGCGCUGGCUGUUCCGGCUGUAUGAUGGGAGCAUGACAACAUGCAGUGCACACACAGGCAUGGCAUGGCGGACCAUGCUUCGGGACGGAUACUGCGUCGCUUCAGCGCCUGCGUUGCG